CCACUAUAAAGCUCCUCCGCUGCGCCGCCGCCACCCUCCUUCCCGAGCCGGAGGCGAACAAGGUAAGCAGCAGCAGGAACCCUAGCGCCGCCGCAGCCAUGGGUAUCGACCUCGUUGCCGGCGGGAGGAACAAGAAGACCAAGCGCAACGCGCCCAAGUCAGACGAUGUCUACCUCAAGCUCCUCGUCAAGCUGUACCGUUUCUUGGUCAGGAGGACCAAGAGCAGCUUUAAUGCCGUCAUCCUCAAGAGGCUCUUCAUGAGCAAGACGAACCGCCCUCCCAUCUCCCUGCGCCGCCUUGCCAAGUUCAUGGAAGGAAAGGAGGAGAAGAACAUCGCUGUGAUUGUUGGUACAGUCACAGAUGACAAGAGGAUCCAAGAGAUCCCAGCAAUGAAGGUUACCGCACUGAGGUUCACUGAGACAGCAAGGGCUAGGAUUAUCAAUGCUGGUGGGGAGUGCCUCACAUUUGACCAGCUUGCUCUCCGUGCUCCACUUGGCGAGAACACGGUCCUCCUGAGGGGUCCCAAGAAUGCCCGUGAGGCAGUGAGACACUUUGGCAAGGCUCCUGGUGUGCCACACAGCCACACCAAGCCGUACGUGCGCUCCAAGGGAAGGAAGUUCGAGAAGGCUCGUGGCAGGAGGAACAGCCGUGGGUUCAAGGUCUAAGCCAUUGGCCUUUGCCUGUGUGUGUUGCCAUCAGCAUUGUGCGGCAGUUCUGUUUGAGCAAUCGACAGUAAUUAGUAAUCACUUUCUACUGAGAGUAGUAGCACAAUUUGUUGUCCUGGUUUGAAUUUUGAAAGAUAUUUGAAGGAUUUGUGGUGUUAUCUGCUGGUUGAGCAAGACACAAUGUUCUGUUGCAUCUCUUAUCAGAGCUUGAGAUUCCUCUUC